AUGACAACACUCUGUUUCGGUGGCUCGAGGCGAAGGCAGCACAAUUUCAUCACAAGGCGGCCACGACGUGAUAUUACGCCCCAACGGCAGCACGAGAAAAUUGAUUUCGCUACCCUCCGAAACCUUACACACAACAUCAAGCACUACUCGAAGGAUGUUGAUGACACAAAGGACACCGCAGCGGUCCCAAGUGGCCCGCUCGUUCAUCUCGAUGGACUCACCACAGACAGGGACGAAAGCGAGGGCCAGCGUUCGCAGUUACUGCACAGAGCAGGCAACGCACGGGUUGCCAAUGCCAGGAAUACCAAACUUGAUCCCAGGGCCGAGUCGAGACACGUAGGCCAAGAAGCAAUUCAGUAUGUACUUGGAACUGAGGCGGGUGACGACGAUGGCAGUCAUCGCACAUCAAAGGGUUACGAUCCUACAAGAACAGCGGACGCUUUCAAAUAUGGAGGAAGGCCUCGCGGUGCAACCGACUUCUCUCAGUCCUGCAAAGAGGCAUCCCCAUUGCAAGGUCAUUCAUCAAUACGUCGUUUUCAGCAACUUCAAGGUGCCAGCGAUCGAACAUGUUCUCUGUCACGCUCCACAACGGCCAACAACAAUGCAGCUUGGCCCGUCUGCGAGGCUUCAAAGCCUGACACCCAAGUUCUAGAUAUUGCGACGGAGCCACCGUCUGUGAUGCUAAAACUCCGGGAGUCAGACACGCAGCCUAGCUUUCAAAUUUCGCAUACGGCAUCGUGGCUUGAUUGGGUCUUCGGGAUAGACAGCAAUUCCUGGAUGAGAUCGGAGCGGCCACCGUCGACCACAGGUGAACCGACCUCGCGUGUAGACUUGCUUACACAAGCGCGCUUUUCUGGAGAGCAUUGGCACAGCAAUCUCAGCGGCUCUUCGACAAAUGACAAAGCUAUCGAACAACUUAGACAGUCACACCACACGCAAGUUCAGCCAUUGGCUUUUGACAAACAGACCAAGCUUGAUCACGAUAGCAAGGGCUCGCAGCCGAAGCCAUACACCUCGACGAACUCAAACAGCCAGGAGUCACAAAAAGAAGACAGCCAUCGUAAUUCCAAAUCUUCAUCAGAGGACUUAGUCAACAAGUACACCGUUGCUUUGGCAUACAUGAUGCCGCAAGACGAUAGCCCAUCAACACACUCGUCAAGCAAGUUCCUCCCGUUCACUCUGACGGAGAAGAUUCCAGUGCACGGGCCUUCCCUUGGUGUUCACGCCACAACACGAUCAGAGGGACAAAGUUCCUAUGCCACUGCCCGUGGCAAUGAUUCAGUGCAUGGCGAGAUGUUGGAUGCCACCAUUGGAGUUGUAGAAGAGGAGGAGAUUUCAGUCAGUGCCCGCAUUGAAAGCUCAAGUUUUGAGCAGCGCGAGAUCGAGCUGCAGUCUGUGGACAAGAGGUUUGGACCGAUCAUACCCUGGCAACAGCCGGCGACACAAGUGGUGUCUCGGUUCAGGGAGGACUUCGGCGAGACCGGAAAAGAGGAGAGAAAAAGAUCAUUGCUCAUAUCAAGAGUCCAUUCGUCAGUUUCCGGGAGAGCCAGGACAUUCUCGUCAGCUCGCAUCGGUAGAGAAGCACAUCAAGGCAAAGUGGCAGCAUCUCGCGCGCCGCCGUCACCCUCAGCUCCUCAGGGCCACUAUCGCCAUGGAAUGAGUCGAAAGACACAUCCCCAGAUUUCCAGGAUCUCCCUGAAAUCCGCACUUCAAGGAUACGCUACAGCCUUGAAGCAUCGAUUUACUAGUCUAGAGGGAGACCAUCUCGGCGGAAUCUCUUCCAAACCAAGCGUCUUGAGGUCGAAUAACUCGGUCAUCAGAACGGGCUCCUUUCCACAACAGACGUUUGAUACACAGAGCGACGAGCUAUUGCAUAGGAAUUGGCGAAAGCCAGCAGUGCGUCUAGCAACAUCUCCAGAGUCAUGGGUCAGGUAUCCUUCGUAUUCCCGCACUCAGAGAAAUCAGAGCGCGGCCUUGCAGGAUCAAGUGCUGUAUGGACGUAGAGCCUGUCCUGCAUGUAUUGCUCGAACAGCAGAAGACGACCGCGAGAAAAGUCGGUCAGCCUCACACCAAGGGCGAGCAAGUCACUUGAUCAAGCUGGGCUUCGGCAAGCUGUUGCCUAGCAAGUGGGUUGAAAAGGACUCUGAGAGAGGCACGCUUCAAAUACGUCGUGAUAGCUCGCGCUUGCGGCCUGACACUCAGUAUCCCGAGCUGGAGAUGCUAACCCCUAGUGUUGGCUAUCUACCGGAGCGUGUGAGAGUCGAAGAAGGCUUCUGGGCCGAUUCUGGUAGGCUGAAUCUCGCAGAUGGCAUCAAAUGA